UUACAGUGUAGUGUAUGCCGCUCCACCGUAUGCCUACACUCAGUAGGUUUCUGGCUAUAUUUCGUAUCGCGUCGAUUUCGAUUCUCAUUGCGUACGUUCAACCGUUCUCAUUGUCGUUGUCGAUGCCGGCGCUUUAAAUUUCCCGCCUAAAUUGAUUACGUAACGUGGCUCUGGUGUUCUUGACUGACUAAACGAGGUUUCAAUUUUAAACGUUGGUGCGGCGAUUUAAAUAGUGAUUUUUUUGUUUUCGCAGAUAUUUGGAAUAUUUAUGCCUGAGAACUUUUGGAUUUAUCGGAGGUGAUUUGUUUAUUUGAUUCAUGUGCAGCAAAGUUGUUAAGGGACAUAUUGGCGACGUUCCGUUUGAAAGUGCUGUUGGUUGGACGUCCAAAAACCAUUUCUCAGCAACUGCAUCUUCUUGGCCUCUGACAAUUGGACAAUCUAGAUACAGUGAUGAUGGAACUAUGGACCACGAUAUAGAUGGGGAUGGUGUUAUUAAUCUGUCUACAUCACAAAGACCAUCUGCAGCAACGACUCCAAAUAUUAUUGUGCACUCUACAAAUACCGAACAGCAGGCCGCAUCAUUAGAAAAAGUAAUAAAGGAGCAACAGCAGCAGUUAGAACUGGAUCGAACUUGGGAACAGGAAAGGGAAAGGGAUAUUAAAGGCAAUGGAAGCUCAAGUCCAGUGUCUGAUCACCGAACGCAAGAACACUCACCUCCACCUUCGUCCGACGCGCAGAAAAAUCUCAGUGCGACGAUUCCACCUAUUCAGCAGAAUGAACCCACAAAACUACCCCCAAAUGAAUACUCCUAUAGUCAGGCACAAACACCUGGACCGCCACUAAUGUCUUCACCCACUUCAAAUCUUCACCACAUGCAGCAGCUCCUGCAACAACACGUAUUAAGCCCUACGCAGCUACAGACUUUAAUGAAGCAGCAUUCGAUAUUGCAACAACAGCAGCAACAGCACCAACAACAUCAGUUGGCAGAAAUAGGCAAAAAACAGAUUGAACAAACUAUGCAAUCGCUUCAAGAACAGCUUCAACUGAAUCUCAUCCAACAAACACAUAUCCUACAGAGUACAGACAAGAAAAAAGCUUCAACUUCAAUACAGCAGCUAGCUCUACAACAACAGCAAUUGAUACAACAACUGCAACUAGUCCAACGGCAGUAUGUGGUACAUCAGGGUAUGGGAAUGCAACCUCUUAUGCUGCCUCAAAGUCAAAGUCUUAACAGCAGAGAAGUGAUGAGUCCAUGGAAAGAGCUUAAUGAUCCCCAUAUGACCAAUAACAAACCCUCUUUGGAUUUAAACGACACUUCUCCAGGAUUAUUAGGUAUCCCUCCGAGUCGGUCUAGUAGAGAUGAGCCAAUGGACGACAAGCCUGACAGGUCUACAACACCUGACAGGGUACACCAUCUCUACGGUCACGGAGUGUGCAAAUGGCCAGGUUGUGAAAACCCUUGUGAAAAUUUAGACGCAUUUAUCAAGCAUUUAAACACAGAACACAUCUUAGAUGACCGUUCUACGGCUCAAGCACGGGUACAAAUGCAAGUAGUCUCACAAUUAGAACUUCAACUACAAAAAGAACGAGACCGCCUCCAAGCCAUGAUGCAUCAUUUGCAUCUUUCUAAGCAGAUGAGCUCUCCGGAUCCUCAUAAAGACUCGCCAGUUGGUUCUGUGAAGCUACCUGUGAGUUCUGCUUUACCCCAACCUCCAGUUUCUAUGGGACCUAUGGUCUCGGCAGUGAGGUCCCCAGUGUUGCACUCACCGGCACCAAACGUUGCAGGGCCAAUAAGGAGGAGACUGAGUGAUAAGUCAGCAUUAUCUUUAGCAGGUGAAAUUCAAAGAAAUAGGGAAUUUUACAAGAAUGCCGAUGUAAGGCCCCCAUUUACAUAUGCGUCCUUAAUUAGACAGUCUAUUAUUGAAUCCCCCGAUAAACAACUGACACUCAACGAAAUAUACAAUUGGUUCCAAAACACAUUUUGCUAUUUCAGGAGAAACGCAGCUACUUGGAAGAACGCAGUACGACACAACCUAUCGCUCCACAAAUGUUUCAUGCGUGUGGAGAACGUAAAGGGUGCAGUUUGGACAGUGGAUGAAGUCGAAUUCUACAAGAGAAGGCCCCAGAGAUGCUCAUCGGGUCCUCUGACCCAACCAGUCGUCGGGGGUGCCACUUCAAAAAGUCCAACGAUGAAUCAUAGCCCAACGAUGUACGGAGAUCAUCUACCCUCUAACGUUCAGUUCAUGCAGGCUUCUUUGAUGGACGAAAACAACCUGUCGUUUUUGACGACUUCUUCGUUGCUGGUCAAUCGAACGAGAGAUAGGUCUGAGUCACCACCACAUGAUCAUUUGAUUAGGUCUCCCAUGAACGGUGGACUUCACGUAAAACAAGAGUUGACCCAAGAUCAUCACAUGAGGAGCGAUCGUGACCGUGACCGCGAUCAUGAAAUGCAUCAUGUUAUAAAGCGAGAAAUGCUCUCUGAAUACGAAGACUUGGAUCAGGAACAGUCGGAAAACGUAGCAGAAGAUCUCACAAUAGCUUCAGAUCAUACGGAGUCGAACAUUGUCGACCAAUAGUGAUAUAAAGUGUUCAACUCACUCGAAUUCUUUAGAACUUUUCUUCGUUAAUGAACGAGAACUAUAUUGGUAAAAUAGGUGAAGAUUUGAAGAAUGGCUUAAACUUUGUAUAUUUGUGUGUUAGUGUAUGUACAUAUAGAAAAUAUGUUUAAAAUGGAUGAGAGUGUUAUGGGUAUUGUUAUCGUUUAGACAAAUUUGUCGAGUGUUGUAUCAUCAGAAAAAAGAUCUUGAUUUCUUUAUUAAUACAGGGUUAUUUGUUACGCGAUGGACUUUUUUUGGCUAAGCCAAAGAUUAUUUUUAACAUAUUUAGUGUUAGUUUUUAUGAUAUUCUCCUAAAAUCUUGAGCGAAUUUUCAAAAACCGAACACUAAUUUUUUAUUCCUUAUUGCUAAACAUAUAUGGUUUUUUUACUACAAAACUACGCUUACGUCAUUCAAAAUUUCUGACGUCAGAACAUUGUCAAAACGUUAGAAUAUAACUUUUCAUUAUCGUUAUAUUUCUUGUACAGUGAGAAGCUAGGCAUCAUUACCUACUCGUCUUUGUUCUUGUUUAAUGUGCAAAUAAUCUCCAUAAUUCUUUCUUCUAAAAAUUAAUGAUGUCAAUCGGUUUUCAUUACUUGCCGAAAUAUAUUAAUUAACAACAAAGUUACAGUGUAUAAUCAAUAAAAUAAAUCAUUUAAUAUUUUAAGGCUAAAAAUGACAGAUUGGUGCAUGUACUGAAUAGUAUUUACUUCGAGUAAAAUAUUUACUCCUUCACAGGUAAUUUAUUAUUAUUUAUAUUACUAACAUAACCUAACACUAAAAAAUAAAAAAUUCUAAAGCAUAGUUAUUGAAAUAAGAAUACGAAAAUAUAUAACAAACUGAUUUUUUUAGGCCUGUACGUACUAAAAGAAACAACGAAGCCGUGUCGUUACGGGGUGUUUAAGAUUGAUACACGCUAUAAAUCAUAUUCUUUUAUAACUUUUCCAAAGCCUUUAUUUAUUUAUAAACAAUCUUGUGUUAUACCUAUGAUACAAUAUUUUAUUCGUAUUAAAUAUUAUUCAGUACAAGCAGCUGUCAUUUUUAGCCUUAAAAUAUUAAAUGAUCUAUUUUAUUGAUUAUACACUAUAAUAUUGUUGUUAAUUAAUAUAUUUCGGCAUAUUAUUAAUAUAUUUUGGCAAGUAAUGAAAGGCGAUUGACAUCAUUAAUUAGAAUAAAUAAUUAUAGAUAUUAUGUGUACAUAAACAAGAACAAAGGAAAAUAUCUCUGACAAGUAAUGAUGAGUAACUUCUCACUAUACGAGUAAUAUGGCCAUGAUGAAAAGUCCUAUUCUAAUGUUUUGACAACGCUCUGAAGUCAGAAAUCUUGAAUGACGUAAGCGUAUUUUUGUAGUCAAAAAACUAUAUCCAAGGUGUCCUUUAUUUUUUGCUUAAAUAUUUUCGUCUUGUUACGUUUAGAAUCUUUCUAGUAUGUAUAAAGAAGCAAUAAGUAAUAUACAGAAAAUGCCAAAAUAAAACGUGUAAAUAUAUUUGCCAUGAUAGAAUCAAAAAAAGUAGGAGAACCACUAAAUUACUUUUAAGGUAAGUCACUUUGUACCUUGCAUUUUUAAUAUUUAUUUUUAACGCCACAUAUUAUUUGUAAAACAGUAGCUAAAUAUCAUCCCAUGUGUAUAGAAUUGUUUGUGUUAGUUUUCAUUUUUCUUUUAUCUUUUUUUCUAUAUUUUUAAAAUUGUAUGAUCACAUCUAUUUUGUCAACGACUUUCACAGAUUUUUCUGUGUAGCUCUUGUUUGGGGUACUACCUAAGUUUUCUAUCAAACUUGCAGUAGCAUCUUUCUAAUGAUCAUCGUUUGACAUGAAUACGUCUUUGAUCCACUUGGUACUUUAAACUAGCUUUACUUUGAUCCUCCCAAUAUACCCAUUCUUAUACAAAAGUACAAACCGAUAUCAAAUUCGACAGAAAAUAGUUUAAUAUUUCUUUGACAGUAAAAAAUACGACCAUCAUGUAAUACCAACCAAGUCCCUAAGUUUUUAAUUUUGGAGGUACAACUAUUUAUUUAGACCAAUAAAAAAUUUUAUCAAUCAUAUUUAGUAUGUAGGGUAAAUUAGAGUGAUAUGGUUAACAAAAAAGUUAAGCCGUGUAGAAGACAAGAAAUUGUUUAUUUAAUCGAAAUAAAAAUGCACUUCUUUCACAAAACAUAUUGGCAAUAACUUAACAGUGUCAUAGUUUUUUUAAGACAUUCCAAAUGUUUGAAAAAAAUCAUUAUUUAUUUUUAUUAAAUUUACCAUGUACCCCAUCCAUAAGGGUGAAAUGGAGAAGGCACUUGGGGUGAAAUAGUGAACUUACUGCUCCUGCUUUUUACCACAUUUAUCACACAUGGAUUCAUAUUUUGAACAGUCUUCGUUCAGUCAAAGUUGGCAGCUAAUACAUUUGAUCCAAUCCAUGUCCUUUUUAGUGUAACUGUACCGUUUACCACACUCUAUACAACAACAAACUUUAUCGUCCACGUCGUUAUCAUCGUCUUGCAAAUACAGUUUGUUUUUUUUUUUAAUCACUAAAACCAAGGCAAAUCGGACCAAACCAAUCAAAAAUAAAUUGGACUUGGCGGAAUUUGAAACAGCGGCUCUAGUAAAUAGGUAUACUUGUUGGAAAAGGCGUUCACCAUAUUGCCCCUGCCCGAGUUCACCAUUUCUCCCAUUUACCAUGGGUGAAAUUAGCACAAGAAGUUCACAAUGUUAGAGGCAACGAUUUCUAGGUUAUGUUCUAACAGAACAGUCUAAGAAGGCAAAAUAUGUCGAAAAAUACCUCAAGGACUAAGUAAGCUACCUGAAGCAACGUCUACAAGUGCAUGCAUUGUAUAAAAAUUAUUGACACCGGAAACAGUUUUGAACAACUGGUUUUCACAACGUUCUCGCUACAUAAAUGAUAAUAAACUGUCUUCAUUUAGAUUUAGAGAGAUAUCUGUGUACCGGGAAAAUAAAUAGAGCAUUUUACCAUUUUCGAUUCACCAUAUCACCCUGAAUUACCCUAUAGGUUCUACUCCUGCUCCAUUUAACAAAUUGACAUUGUCAUAACAACGCUGCCCAGCUCAAUUCCAAUACGACGGUUUUUACGUCACGUCUCAUGGUGUCAGUAAGUAUGAUAUAUAGAAGCCGAAUAUACAUACGGUAUUUAGUCGAAAGACCACUGUUCUACAAUCUUUAGGCAGUCAUUUAUUCUGUUCACGUUUAUAUUUCUCUCUAUCUCUCUCUCUCUCUCUCUCUCUCUCUUGUCGUUUUUCUAUUACUGAGGGUCUUGAUUUUUUCCAAUACUGCUAACAAAUUUUCUCCAUUUGUCUCUACGUUCAGCGGCUCUAUUUGGUCUUCUCUCAAAAUUUCCAAAAACAAUUACCCUCACAAAAUUAUAGUCACCUCUGCUAACCACGUGACCAAAGAACUGUAGAAUUCGCUGCAGACAUGUUGUGGACAGUAUUUUUUAAUGUCAAGUUUAUCUGUUUGUUUCUUUGACGUUUCUUGUGACUUUCACUGGUCUAUACUUAGUUUUUUCUUGGUGUGAUUUGUAUGUUCUUGAAGUCUGAAUCUAGUAAUAAAGAACUAAAUUAUAGCGAUAAGGUAGUAUGUCUUACCAAACCAUAGUUAAAAAAACUUGUUGUUUCUUGAAACAUGAAGAAUUGGCCAUUUUUCUUAACACACUCACGCCAAGAAUCUAGGCUAUUCAAUACCUUUUGCGGUUUAGUAAGAAAAACACAAUUCUACGGUCAGAAAUAUACCUCAUUAUUCAGUAUAGUCAUCCUGAACAUCAAUACACUUGUUCCAACGAUAUUCCAAUUUAUGAAUUGCAUCUGCAGCUGCAAAAUACACAGCUGCCUCCACAGCUGUUGUGAACUUAUCAUUUUAUGAAAAACGCUUUCCACGCAUAAUUUUUUUUAGCUACUGAAACAGCUUAUCAUUUUAUGAAAAACGCUUUCCACGCAUAAUUUUGUUUUAGCUACUAAAACAGAAGGAACUCACGGUGGAUGCUACAACAAUUGGACUUUUAUUUAAUUCAUGGGUUUUAUCCAUUGUCAAACCAUGAUUUUUCUGCAAACCUAUCUUUUUUCACUUAUUUUUUGUUCAGCUGAUCUAAAAGAUUACAACAAUAUUCAACAUUUAUUGUUUCACAAGUUUGCAUGUAAUCAACAAACGAAAUUACUCUUGCAUACAAAAAAACUGAUACUAACACCUGCUUGACAGAUUUCUGGAUACGAAUUCGUUUCGCAACCGAAAAACCAGGUUGACACCACUGUUUAGCCUCUUGUUUUAAUUCAGGAUCAUGUUAAUAGACCCCAAGUAAAAGUAACAUCCAUCCAUAGUGAUGAAUAGACGCACAAAAUUCUUCUUCUAUAAAAGUGUCUUCUUUCGAUCUAUAAUUCCUUACCUUAUGUAUAUUUUCCUUCCAGUUUAAAUUACGCCGUGUUAAAACAGAGAGAUGUUGUUAAUAAGAUACCAAAAAAUAUAAAACAAUAUGACAUGUGAUGUAAAUCCCCUUAUCUUGGAAUUGAGUUCUGAAUGAAGAGUGCUGACGCCUUGGACCUUACAUCUAUUAUUUUUACUCCGUACAAUUUUCCAAACUGUAUUUCAUUCAUUCAUUCCUCAUACAUAUAUCGAACGUCCUUUUAAUAUUUGUCUUUAAGACUACACAGUGCGAACAAAAACGUGUUCAAUGACUUAUGUCAUAUAAGUAAAAUUAUACGUAUACCUCUAUCUAAGAUACCAAUUUUCGUUUGAAUGAUAUUAAAAGACGAAUAUUGAGUCCAGGUCUGUUUUUCUGACAUUAUCAAUGCCCCCAAUAAAUUUUAAAGUAUACCCCAUAAAGGUUUUACAAAUAAAUCCAAUCUAGUAGGCGUGGUAGCACAUAGUUUUUUUGCUAGAAAAAUACGCUUACGUAAUUCAACAUUUCUGACGUCGGCGUCGGUCGGAGCAUUGCCAAAACAUAAGAAUAUACUUUCCAUCAUGGCCAUGUUUCUUGUACAGUGAGAAGCUAGGCAUCAUUACCUGUCAGAAAUAUUUUUCUUUGUUUUUGUUUGUGUACAAAUAAUAUUUAUAAUUCUUUAUUCUACUUAAUGACGUCAAUCGGUUUUCAUUACUUAUCAUUCAAUAAAACAUAUUAUUUAAUAUUUUAAGGCUAAAAAUGAUGCAUACUAUGCUGAAUAGUAUUCAAUACGAGUAAAAUAUUGUAGGUAUUAUAGCACGACAUUGUUUAUAAAAAACUAAUGCUUUGGGUUUUUUUAUCUAAAUUAUGUGUUCAUAAGUAUGUACUUUAUUAUUAUUUAUAUUAUUAACCUAACCUAACACUAAAAAAUAAAAAAAUUUUAUUGAAAUAAAAAUACGAAAAUAAAGAAUAAAGUUCUUUAACUAGCAAAUGAAUUUUUGAAUUUUUUUAUUCGAUUAUUAUUAUGAUAAAUAUGUACCUGUAUUAAAAGAAACAACGAAGCCGUAUUAAAUACUAUUCAGUAUGCAUCUGCUAUUAUACACUAUAUUAUUCUGCAUUAUUGAUUAUAUUAUCUACACUAUAAUAUUGUUGUUAAUUAAUAUAUUUUAGCAUAAUAAUAUAUUUCGACAAGUAAUGAAAAACGAUUGACAUCAUUAAUUAAAAUAAAGAUAUUAUGUGUACAGUAAACAACAACAAAGAAAAUUAUAUCUGAUUAAUAAAGAUGCCUAACUUCUCACUGUACGAGGAACAUGGCCAUGGCCAUUGCCAUAAUGAAAAGUAGCAUUGUAAUGUUUUGGCAACGCUCUAACGGCAGAAAUAUUGAAUGACGUAAGCGUAUUGUUGUAGUAAAAAAACCAUGACAAUUUUUAUUGUACAAAUAAUAUCAGUAUUUCUACUGUGAUCGGAGUUUUGAAAAUUCGUAAAAAUUCGCACCGUUCUAAAUUAGCAGAUCAUUUGCUAUGUGUGCGUAGAAAUGAAAAGUGUGCGAAGAUAGAUAAUGCCAGAGUACAUGAGAAGCUCAUGUUGUUUGUGUUUAAAUAGUGGCGUAGCUUGUGGAAAAUACUUACAUUUUAUUAAAUGUUUCAAAUAAAUGUUUUGUAGUAUUACAGCUCUCCCAAUCUAGCUUGGACCACUGGUCCAGCUACUUCGAGCUAAACGUUCAUAUCAAAUUAUUUAAAUUUGCGUCUUUUAAGUCGGUAUGCCAUAGAAAAGUAUCUAAAUCAGUAUGCCAUCGAACAGUAAAAAGGAUCACAAAAAUAUUAACUUCAUAAAUAUUUUAAAAGUGAGAUCUCAUAUACACGAUCGCCACAACUUCGAUGACGGUAGCAAUCAGUUGUGUCUAUGUGAUUAUUUCAGCAAUAUAAUUAGUCGUGAUGAGACUAGUAACGUAACACGUAAUCUCGUAACGUGAAAGUUCGUAACGUCAAAAUUGAAUUAUUAUGUUUAUUUUUGUUAAAGUGGAAACUAAUUUUUACUAUCAUUUCUGGGGUUACGAACUGUCGCAUUACGUUACGAGAUGCGAGCACAUAAUACUAAUCGCACCGACAUCGUAGUCGUGAUACCGUUUUUUGUUCGUUCACUUUUUAAUCAAAUCAAAAUAUGUGUUAAAUAUUCCAGAUAUUCAUCCAAUUUUUAAUUUGUGUAAAUUUUAAGUUUUUUAUGUUAGUUGCGCCACUUUGUGAAGGUUCCAUUACGCUCAUAUAGUGAUGUUAUAUAAGCAAUAUUUGUAAAUUUUCUCGUUAAGCAUCUGCGCUAUUGUAAUCUAUCUUUACUGCAAAUAUUAAAUUCCAUAUCAUUACCUAAAAUAAAAAUCAUAUAUCAGUGUAUAAAAUAGUAUAGAUAAUACAUUUCAUUAUUAUUACAGUAGCUAAUUUCAUGAAGACUCGAAAAGGCUAUUAUUAACACUUGUACUUAACACGGUCACUGCGUAACCUUUAGGCUGCAUUAGAACAGAAUUUUGACGUACACAUAGCAAUCUUAUUGACUAAAUUAUUCAUCAUCCAGCCGUCUGCAUCCAAAAUUAGGCCUAUCCUAUAGGAGCAAUAGGCCUCCCCUAAUAUCCUCCAGUUCUGUUGGUCUUGAGCUUGCUGUAGUCCACGUCAUCUUUGCAUUGUGUAGGUGAACUACCUCUACUUCUUCUGUUAGCUUGUGGUCUCCACUCUGUAAUUUGUUAGGCAAAGGUCUUUUAUUCUGGCACAUGGCCCGCCCAGUUUCCUUCAGCCAUUCUAUGCGCUCUAUGACAUCUGUGUCGCCUGUCUUUCUUCCUACUCCCUCGUUUCUCACCCUGUCACUGAGCGUCAGUUCAAGUAACGACCGUUCCGUUUAGCUAUGUCCACACUGGUGCGCUUUCACUUUCAACGUGCGUUUCAACAUUCCUUUCAAUAUUCAAUUGAACAUGCGUUAAGGCAUGUCUUCCGGUGUGCGCUAAGCCCAUCCCUUUUCCCUGUCCACAUAAAUUGCCUUUCAGUAUAUUCACGAUGGAUGAAAGUGACGCUAUUUUGCUAGGAGGACUAAGUAAUAAGUAUGGCUUAUUUGGUGUUAAAGAAAGUUAAAAAAUCUAAGAUUUAACCCAACAACUUGGAUGAAAAGUUAUAACUCGUAAUUUUUGUAUUCUAAAGGAUUUAUAAGGCAACGACAAUAUUACAAAGAUGUCAAAAACAACUUUGAUAAUCUUCUGUAAUAUGGUUAGGCCAUUGAUUGAGAAAUGUGACAGUAUCGUUGGAAAUCAAUACCUGCUAAGUUAACAUUGGCGAUAACUUUGCGGGUCCUGGCAACUGGAGUCAGCUAUUAAUCGUUAAUGUACCUUUUUAGAAUGGCAAAGCAAUCUAUAUCGGCCAUUGUUCCUGAGGUGGUAAAAGUAAUAAUCACAUCUUUAAAACAUUUAGUGAAGGUAAAGUAUAAAUUAACUACAAAUUUAUUGUAGGGUUGUACAGAAUUAUACAAAAUUAUUAUUAACUAAAAGGAACUUAAAUUAUAAUUAUAAAGGAACGUAAAAGUUAUGAAUUAUGAGACUAAACAGUUUUCAGUCUCAGUGUCGUCACAAGUUUGAGGGUUUUUUGUUCAGCCUCAGUCACCGGUUACCGAUGUCGCAUCCCUAAUUUCUACUACCAUAAGAUAAGUCAUAGAUACCUCAAUAAUCUGAGAGGAUUCCAAUAUUUCUUCAACUGUACUGCUGGGUGUAUCCAUCAUAGAGUCUUUUGUCCGCCUUGGCGUCACAGAAUCAAGUAUCAUAAGUGAUAUGCAAACCAGGUAGAAUCGUAUUGACUUUCACUUCCUGCGCCACUUUUCUUCUCAGUCAUUAUCUUUUGGUAAUCUUUUGAAAAAUAAGAUCUCAAACUUUUUAUCUUAUUUGUCGUCUUCGAUGAAUUCGAGGGUUUGUUUGUUAUUCAUCCAUAAUUAAAAUAAAAAACACACCAAAAUAAACACACACGGAAAAUAAUAUUAAAUUUACUAAAAAUUAAUAUAAAAGGCACGUUGAAACGCAAAAAAAUCCAACUGCGGUGGAAUUACGGUAGCUACGCUGUGUGCUAUGAAAAACCGGGUCGAGGACUGUAAAAAGUAUUGCUUUAGCGCAUUCACUUCGGUGACAAGGUAUGCACUGCGGAAACAGUUAAGGCAUGCGUCCAAAAAAGAGCGCAGUGUGGACAUAGCAAUGAGUUUGGUUGCUGUGGCCUGGGUUAAGGACAGUGUUUCAAUACCGUAAGUCCCGACUGAAAGCACACAUUGGUCGAACGUCUUCUUUUUUAAAUAAUUUGGUAUGUUGUUCUUGAAGAUGUCUGAUAGAGCUUCAUAUGGGAUCCAGGCUAAAGUGAUUCUUCUCUGCAGGUCAGCAGUUUGGUUUUCCCAGCUAAUGCUAUUUUGUUGCAACUGAUUUUCGGAUUUUCGUUCGACAUUAAAUGUGUCAUGUAUUGUGUCUUUCCAAAAUUUAUGUUCAAACCAGCUUCCUUGCAGGCGACAUCUUAUUCAGUAAGCAUAGUUCCAAUCUCUUUUAAGUUAUCUGUUAUCAGAACUUAGUCGUCCACAAAUAACUUGGAGGUGGUUUAACAGGCUUAUGGGUCGGUAAUUCUCGAGGUCUGUUAGAUCGCCAUUUUUGUGUACGUGCACUGUGCCAUCUUGUAGGUGUUUUAGUUUUGUGCAGACAUAAGUUGAACAUUCCCUAUAUAUCCUCAAAAAGUCCUCCAAUAUUUGCAAUAAUGACUAAAUCGUGGCCAAUUGUUUAAUACCAAUAAGUUCUUCGAUUUUCCUUUUUUUUUAUCUCUGGACGCGAAUUCUGUUGUUGGCGGUCACGUAUAUAAUUUAGCUGGUGCAGCAAACGUGACUAUUUUAUACUUAUUUUCAAAUUAGCUUAUCUUUAGCCUGGCUUUAUAAAUGAAUUCGCCUUCAGGAAGUUGUAUUUUGUGCAAGCUGUUAUGCUCUAUUCUCCUUAAAUCGCUUGUCGUACUUCGGCUUUAUAUAAAUCAUCGGUAAUGAGAACAAUAUCGUCGAAAUACGAAGUUUAGGAGGCUUAUGUCCAGCAGUGGACGCGAGAAGCUGGAUCAUGAUGAUAAAUGAAUAUAGUUAUACAGGUACUUAUUUUAAACAACACUUUGAACAGGUAUUUUCUUGUACAAUACAGCCUAAAAGGUUAAUAAGCACAAGAUCGUAUUUCCGAAAAUCCGUACUCACUAUCAAUACUCAUUUAUUUGGUACAUAAUCUAUCUAAAUUAUACCAAAAUUGAUCAAAACAUAUAACUAAAUGUUAUUAUUGGUAAAACAGUAUACCAGAUUUUAAUUAUCUUUGAAUAAUAAUUUAAAAAGUUAGAGCGAAUUACAAAGUUAACCCUUAACCCAACCAGGUACCCAGGUCAGAUCAAUAUUUAAACCUUCCUGUUUUUUUUUCUAUACUUUUCAUCUGGGGUCAUAAUAGUAAUAAACUACAGCACAACCAGAUUCACUUUGUAUUUAAAAUUUUGAUGCGUACUGCUGGCGACUUUCGGUUUUUCCAAUUUUUUUGAAUUGUAUUGUGGUAACGUCUCGCCAAGUAAAAUACCUGCCCGGUACCAAAAUAAAAUUCAGAAAAUGUGGAAACACCGACCGUCAACAAUAGUGCGCAUCCAAAUCUCAAAUACAAAGUGAAUCUGGUCGUGCUGUACCUCUUAAGUUAAGUCUCAGUUUUUCUCGUCAGGUCUUUCUCUUUUUAUAUUGUCUCUAAGAACUCUACACCAAGUUAUUUGUACUGGAUACUUUUCAUAUCUACCCUAACCAUUUUAACUAACCUAUGUCCUCCAUGUUUGCCAACCUGUGCCCUCCUUGUUUGCCUUCCUGUGCUCUUCUGUGUUUGCCAUACAAAGUUCCACUACUGUAGUUAUAUUUAAUUUUGUUCUUUUUUAAAACUCAACCAUCCAUGACUCAAUCAUUGCCAUAAUGCCUCUUUUUACGAGGUUCAUUAAUAAAAAAGUUUUCCUAUGCCGGCGAGAAGAAGUGCGAUGUGGUUGAAGAAAUAUGGCAACACUGCCUUACACAUCAACUCUCCCUCUCUCUUACUCCACCACUUUCGCCACGCUGCAUUGUUCAGUGUCGGCCUAGCAGCCUUCGAAGAUGGAGGUCUCGUUCGAUGUUGCCGCCAAUGUGAAAUUCACGCUGCUGUGAUACGUUUUUUAAAUGGAAAAUAUAUUUCACCUAUUGACAUUCAUCAUCAGUUAAUGGAAUUUUAUGGGUAAAAAUACGUAUCCAUUCAAGAUGUUCGCAAAUGGUGUAGAGAAUUCACUGAAAGCCGAACGGAAAUUCACGAUGAAUCUGAAGGCCCUCCACUCCGAUCUUUACUGAAUUCUCUAAACCAUUUGCGAACGUGUUGAACAGAUAUGCACUUUUACCCAUAGACUUCGAUUAUCUGACGACGAAUGUCAAUAGGUGAAAUCCAUUGUGCAUUUAAAAAAAACGUAUCACGGCAUGAAUUUGACAUUGGCGGUAACUGCGACCGGGACCUCCAUGUUCGAAAGCUGCUAGUCCGACACUGAGUAAUUCAGCGAGGCGAAACCGGUGAGGUAAGAGAGAGGUAGAGUUGAUCUUGAGAGGCAGUGUUGUCAGAUGUCUCCCAGUACGUCGCACACUUUCUCGGCUCCAUAGGGAACCUUUUUUACGGAUGAGCUCCGUAUUAUAACGUGACAGGUUCUUCGAUUUCACAUCCUGCUCUAACUGUAUUAUUGAGGGGUUAUAUGUAACAUUUCAGUAUAAUUUAGGUAAUAAUUUAGGUAAACGUAUUGCAAAUCUAUGAAAAACGCAUAGUACCUACUAAGUUUUCGUACAAAUUAGCUUUUAUUUAUGUACCUUGGUGCUUAGGUUUGACAAUAUUUUAAAUUUUAUAGAUAUUCAAUACGAUUAUUGCUCACAUUAACCGCUACUGGGUUGUUUGAAAUCAACAGGAACACUAUUACAGAAAAAAUAUUAUCUUACCUUUGGAUGUUUGCGAAAUUUUUGUGUUUUUCCGUUCUUACUGUCUAAAAGUACUGUCUUUUAAAGUUAAUAUUAUUUUUCUCUUAGAAGGACUUUAGCACUCAAGGAUAUGAUUCUACUAAGUAAAAUUAGCGUAUGUUUUUUCAGUUAUUUCAAUCAGAAUAUUUAUGCUUAUACAGGGUGUCCCAUAAUUAAUUGGACAUUAGAUAAUGGGCGAUAGAAGACAUUAAAAUUUUAAGAUUUAACCAAAAUCGCUUAAAUUAAAUAUGGCUCCUUACUGAGUUACCGGGUAUUUUAUUUAAAAAUUUAAAAACUAUUUUUGCUCAGUAUUUUAAAACUAUUCGACGUAUCCUCUUCAAACUUGGCAGAAAGUGUAGGUAUUAUAUAUCAUAUGAAAUUAUGGUAAAUAUACGUUUCUGGCUACUACCAGUGACGUACGACAACGACAGAGAACAGCGAAUGGUUUAUCCUUCCCAAAUUCUGCGCCACGGGCGAAAUUGCCAUUUUAGCGCAAUUUUUCGAUUCUCCAAUACUCUUUGUGUAAAUAACGUAGUCUUUACUCGUGACGAUAAAGUCAUUAGUUUUCGAGAUAUUUUAAGUUAAACAUGUAACGGCACAGAUAUUUUAUUUAAUAUAUUGUGCCGCUUAAUUUUAAACUUCAAAUAUCUCGAAAACUAAUGAUUUUAUCAUUAAGACUGAAGAGUAUAUUAUUCAUUCUUAACGAUAAAUUCAUUAGUUUUAGAAAUAUUUGAAAUUAAAGAUUCAGCUGCACAAUAGAUACAUAAAAUUAAAAUAACUGUGCCGUUACAUGUUUAACUUCAAAUAUCUCGAAAAAUUGACUUUAUCGUUACGAGUGAAGAUUACCUACAUUAUUUACAUAGAGAGUAUUGGACAAUCGAAAAAUUGCGGUAAAAUGGCAAUUCCUCCAGUGGCGUAGAAUUUGAGAAGGGUCAACCAUUCGCUGUCCCCUGUCGUACGCCACUGUUAGUAGCCAGAAACGUUUAUUUAUCAUAAUUUCAUAGGGUGUAUAAUACCUACACUUUCUGCCAAGUAUGAAAAGGAUACAUCGAAUAGUGUUAAAAUAGUGAGCAAAAAUAUUUUUAAAUGUUUAAUUAAAAAAAAAACCUGUAACUCAGUAAGGAGCCAUAUUUUAUUUAAGCGAUUUUGGUUAAAUCUUAAUAUUUUGAUAUCUUCUAUCACCCAUUAGCUAGUGUCCAAUUAAUUAUGGGACACCCUGUAUAGUGACAUCUAAAGCAUCCUAACAGUAUUUUCUGAAUUAUAAAACUGGAAUUGUAACAAUUAAUAAAUUUAUCAGUUUUACAUUUAAGUAUAUUUUACUCGAUCAAAGGCCUUCUCAUCAAAGUCAAUCAAACACAUAUAAACUGGAUGGCUGACAUCUCUGCAACUCUGCACCAUAAGCUGAAUACUAAAGAGUGCUUCUCUGGUUUCAAAGUUAUUGCAGAACCCAAAUGUGUGUCACCAAGUUGUUUUUCUGUUUUGUUGGUACGUCCUUGAUUGCAAAAUUCGAAGAAAUAUUUUUAAAAUAUGGCUCGAUAAGCUGAUGAUUCGCUAGUCACUACAUCUUUUCGCAUUUGCUUUUUUAGCUUUCAUCACAAAAGUCGGCAACUGACAGUACGUUGGUAUACAGCCAGUUUAUAAAUUUAAUUAAGAACAUGGAACAAGGAGAGCUCUUUUAUCUGAACUUUCGAAGAGCUUUAUUAUUUCACUCGGUAUGUCAUCUCCGGUCCCGGUUUUCUGGUAUUUCUCCCUUUUUGCUGUUGCCAUUGGACAUUGACUCAUUUGGAAACGACGCCACAGAAUCUUCUAAAAAUCUAAAAACAUACUUACUGACACAACAGCUAUAAAAUGAUGCAUUUAUCACUGAAAAAUUAUAAAAACUGUGAACAAAUCCUGUUUAAUCGUAUAAAAAUGUUUUAUUAUCCAGAAAAUACUUAAAGAGUCUGUACUGUAUCGCAAGUAGCUGCAAUAAAGUGAACUGUACAGUAUCUACAAAUUAAUGUCAAUGACAUUUUGGUACCAUAUGUAACAUCGUAUUUUUUCUGAAGAAUCAUGGUUCCACAUGAUUCAAGUGUUCAACAAAACGACCCUAUAGUGUUGAAUGAAAAAACGCACAUAGAACAAACUUCAACCCUUACAUACAUCGGAAGCAAAAUCAUUGCUUUUAUUUAAUAAUUCUGCCAUACAGUUGCCAAAUACAUUCGCAUAGUUGUGAUAGAGCCAGGGCCUGAUUGGUGUGAGUCUAAUAAAGGGCAACUCAGUUUCAAUGGGCGAUAAUUAGAAAUUAUCCGUCAGACAUUUUGUAUUUUGCUCUAGCAUGAUUAGUGUGCCAAACUGGCCUUGGAUAGUACCUUAGUUUAUUCAAAUAAAUUAGGUUGAUCAACAAUCAAAGUAACAAAAAAGCGUGUUUGUGAAGAACUUUAUACAGUUUUUUAUAAAUAAUACUGGAAUAGGCUAAUUAUAGUUUUUCGUGAUGUUCUUUUUACCGGUUUUUUAUCAAUCUGCUUAUUUAUUUCGUUAGUACAUUUAUUGUCCUUUUUCUAUAUUCUGUGGUCUUUUUGUUUCUUAUUCCAAUUGUCCAAUCGUAUUGUCUCCUAAUUUUUCUCUAAUAAUAUUUUUAUGUUUCAGUCUUAACGUCCUAAAUUUUUAAAUAUUUUAAUUACUGGAAAUUACUCGAAUGUUACAUUUGUGGCAGUAUUUUAUAUUUAAUCCCAAGCUGAGGGUAUAAAAGUCGAUUUCAUGCACUAAUCAGUGAAUCUUUGAAACCUACUCUGUGUUAGAAAAGUCGAUGUCAGUAACAACUCAGUCUAAUUUGCAACAGCAAGUGUUUGGUUAUUAUUUAUUUAUAAGACUUUAACUGUCUCACAAAAAUAUAAAAUAUACAAUUUGAGAGUGAGUGUAAAAAGUCAAGCAAGGUAUCAUAAUAGUAAUAAAUAAAUUACGUAAACAUUGUUUUUUUUUGCGCUACCUUAGAUUUAAAUAGGUUCAUUUUACAUCGGGAUAUUGGAAAUUUUUCCGAACUCCGCCGAUUGGAUGUUCCGAGUUUAAUUUUUUUGAAAAAAGAGCCUAUCUCGUCUCCUAUUUGUUGUAGAUACUUUUUCUAAUUGUAGGUGUUCAAGCCAGGAAUCAUAAUGUUUGAGUUGCAAAUUGCUACAAUGUUUAGGGGGCGCUCCAGUUCUCAAUGUAUAUCCAAAAAAUGUAACCAUAGUUUUCUUCGAAACACGAAACACUUCUUAUUUUCGAAAACACAGAAGCCCAACACCAAGCGACCCAUAGGAAGACCCAAAAAACGAUGGUACGAGAGUUGGAGCUCCGGAUCGCAGCAAAGACUGUAACAGAAGAAACAGGACAUAGUCCUAUUACAAGAAGAAGAAGAAGAAGAUAGUUUUUUUCUUCUUCCUCUUUAUAAAUAAUUCUGCUUGUUCAUUGGUGGAUUAAUACCUCUGUGGAAGGUUGUCACUCCAUCUUUUGGAUUUAUCUCAGGUUAUUUUGAUCACACGUGUCGCCCCCAUUCUGCGUAUGCGUUUAUUCCAUUCUUUUUUUCUAUUUAGUGUCCAUUCGUUUAUACACUGUUUGUAUUAUUUCUUCUAAUGUCUUCAGUACUCUCAUCUCUGCCGUUUCCAGUAAUCUUUGUGUUGUGGCUGUAUUGGGUCUUGCUUCUGAUGUCUAUGUCAUUAUUGGUCUUAGACUGGCUUUAUAAAGUCUGGACUUCAUUUCAGUGUUAAGGUGCCAUUUCGCCGUAUAGUGUUAUUAACGCAUCUUGCCAGUCUAUUUGCUUUUUGUUCUUGAUUUCUACCUUCUUUGUCCAGGUCUCCGUAGCUGGACAUUAUAAUUCUAAGGUAUUUUAUUUCCAUUACCUUGUUCAAUAUUGAUACCAUUAACUUCUAUUUGACCUCUGAUUGGUUCUUUACUGAUUACUAUUGUUUUAGUUUUCUGAGAUGAAAUUGCCAUAUUGAAUUCUUUUGCUCUUAUGUUAAAUAUGUGGACUAAUCUUUGCAGACUAUCUUUAUCUUGGGCUGUCAAUUUUCGUCGUCUGCGUGACAGAGUCUUACUGCUUUGUUUCCCAUCCUGUAUCGUCUUCCUUUGUUGACGUUUUUGAUGAUUUCAUCCAUGAUUAAAUUGAAGAGCAUAGGGCUCAAUGAGUCUCUUAUCUUAUUCCGCUGCCUGUCUAUUUAUUCUGUAAGUUGUCCAUCUAUUCUGACUUCCAUUUUAUUGUUUAGGUAGAUGUUUUCAAUAGUUUAUAUGAUAUCUAGGGGAACUACUAUAUUAAAAAGUAGAUGUUCAUUUCUAUUAGAUAAUCUAUUAAAAAGAUUACAUCUUUGAACCAUGUUUUUGAUGGAAUAAAUAAGGGGUAACAACAUUUUUUAGGUUUUGUUUUACGCUAUUGAUAAAAUAUGUCUUUUAAAACGGAAUGAGUGUUAGAUUAGGGCGUAUUUGAGGAUUCGUAACAAUCUGCAUCCAAAAAUUGCGUAUUUUACACAGUAGGCUUUGAAAAUUCACUAUUUAAUGUAUGUGUUUUGACCCACAGCCUAACUUUUUAAUAAACCAAGGUAUUUCUUCUUUGUUUUUAAAGAUACAUAAUCCCAAUAGAACUCUAAAAUAAUAAUAUAAAAACAAGAAGAUAGAUAUAUAAAACAUAAAAAUUCCUUAUAUAUCUUUUGCAUUUUCUUCUUUGUCUUGUUGCGUUAUUUUUCUCCAUUAAUAGAUGAUAUAUUUGAUUAUUUUUUGGCCCCCUCGUGCGUGUUUAUUAAAAAUAGCUAAUUUUUAUCUCCAAACAAAUUUUAAUAUUGUGUUGUCUACAAGUUUAUACACGCAUAAGAUUUAUUCCACAUAUUUUUAAAGAUAAAUAAUUGUUUUGAUUGUUGAACAAGUGCUUCUAGGAAAAACAUAAGGGAUCGAUAUUACGUCAAAUAAAUCUGUUAUUUGUGUUUAUAAUUAUGUAUGUUUGUGAAAAGUAUUCGUUUUAAAGCAUUUACGUUAUUAGUAAACUUGUGUUUUAUUUUUAGACGACAGGUUUUAGCGAAAAAAUUUUUUGUAUGAUAAAACAAUCAAACAGAAAAAAGUUUUCAAAAUAAAUUCUGAAUUCUGAAAGGUUCUCUUGAAUUAGCUAUUCAGGGGAUGUUGAAGACGUAGCUACCAAUAUUUAAAGUAUAAUUGUAUUUAGAAUAUUAAUAGGUGUUGAGCCCACCAUUUAAAAAAAACUACCUCCCUCAUGAGACUUUUUUUUAUUCAGUUAUUCAUGUCGAGUCGGACAACUUUUCUAUUCCGAAAAAUUUUCGGGAGGAAGCUUUUUCUAAAUAUAGAGGAUUUUAAACUUUGGCGACAACAAACGACAACAAGAGUACCGUUAAAAAUAUGUUGGACAAUAUUAGCAGUUACUUGUAAAUAUUUUUAUCAAACAGUUCUGCAAAAAUCAGCUGAGAAGUUAUAAAUUUUAUGACUCUUUAUAAUGCGUGCGCCCCCUUCCCCAUGGGGGUCGCACUAUGGAGUCAUGAAUAAUGAUUACACGAUUGUUUGAUAGAAAUAUGUACUUACAUAUUUUAAGGGUACCUACUCCAGUUGGGUAUAAAUUUAGGUGCGUUAUGCCCUCUAUAUUUACGAAACGCCCCCUCCCCUGAAAAUUUUCCGAAAUAGAAAAGUUUUCCGACUCGACAUGAAUAACUGAAUAAAAAAAUUUCGUAAGGGUAGGUAAUAAUUUUUUAAUGGUGAGCCCAAGAACUAUUAGCAAAAGUUGUAUUAGAUAUAAAGUAAUGGUAUUACUACUUAAUUCAUUUUGUUAAUUAUAAAGAUAUAUAUUUGUGUUAAAUAAAAGACACAUAUGUUGCGGAUGUAAUGUCAGUCCUGACCUAGAAAUACGUGUACAUAGAUUGUAAAUGUACUUUUUUUUAUUUCAAGCUGUUUUAUUUAAUUACUGGCUGUCUGAGCUGAAAUCUACCAAAGACGAUUUAUACAGGACCACCUUGUAUAACAAAAUAUUUAGUCAUUAGUCAUAGGUUAUUAACAUAUCACAGUAGAAAUUAUAUGUAAAAAAGGUUACAUUUCAUGUAUCACCCGUUUGGAUAUCAAAGUAAAUAGGGUGUUAUUUUGAAAGUUUCCAUAUGUCCUUUAACGUGUAUUUACAUUUGGCCUAAAAUGGCUCAAAUAAAAAUCGUUUAAAGACAGUAACUUUCAGCUCAGUUUUUUGCAAAACUAUCACUAUCUCCAUGUAAAAUUGUAAUGUAUAAUAUUUCUGGUAUAUCAAUUUCUCAUUUGUUUAAAUAAAAUAUAAAAAUAUCAGUAUAUAA